AUGACCCAUACAACAACAGCAGCACCAUUAUCAUCAGACACUCCCUCCGAUCCAUCAAGCCCAACAGGGCAACUUUCCACCUGGAUAUCCACCCUCACAUACAACGACAUCCCAGAAGACCUUCGCAUCCGCGCCAAGUAUCUUAUUCUAGAUGGCAUUGCAUGCGGUUUAGUGGGUGCUCAUCUGCCAUGGUCCGAAAAGGCCUCUCAAGCUCUAUUGGAGCUGGAACUCACAGAGGGCUCUGCCAGCGUCAUUGGCUAUGAACGUCGAAUCAAUGCUCUCAAUGCAUGCUUGCUCAACAGUUCCUUCAUUCAGGGGUUUGAGCUGGACGAUUGGCACGCUGGAGCCCCGCUACACUCGAAUAGCAUUAUCCUGCCUGCCUUGCUUGCAGCUGCCGACCAUCUUUCAUUGAAGCCAAACACGGCCUCGUCUUCUUAUUCGGGCUCUGGCAAGGAUCUUAUAGUCGCAUACAUUGCUGGGCUGGAAGUUGGGCCUCGCGUCGGCCUUGCUCUUCAUGGACCUCACAUGUUGUCUAUGGGAUGGCAUUCCGGUGCAGUUUUUGGUCCUCCCGCAUCUGCCGCCGCGGUGGGCAAGUUUCUCGGGCUAUCAGCAGGCGCUAUUGAAGAUGCCUUUGGAAUAGCCUGCACCCAGGCCGGUGGACUGAUGUCUGCGCAGUUUGAGUCUGAAGUGAAGCGGAUGCAGCAUGGCUUCGCAGCUCGAAACGGCCUCUUGGGCGCGAUGCUGGCACAAACCGGCUACGUGGGAAUCAAGCGCGUAUUUGAACGCGAAUAUGGCGGCUUUUUAAAACAAUUCACCAGCGGUAAUAGCAUGGAGCCGCAGUAUAAAGUCGAGGAAAUCUCCAAAGACCUUGGCCAAAAUUGGUUGAUGAAGGGCGUUGCGAUCAAGCCGUAUGCAAGCAUGGCUGGCACACACAACACAGUGGAUUGCCUGACAGACCUGCGCCAACUCUAUCCCGAAUUAAUGAAUGAUUUCUCUAGCAUUGAGAGAAUCUUUAUUGAGCUGAGCAAGCCCGCUUUUGAGCAUGGAGGAUGGGAAGCAAAGCGGCCAUUAACAGCGACUGGCGCGCAGAUGAGCAACGCCUAUGUCGCAGCCACAUAUGUCGUGGAUAAUGCAGUCCUUCCGGCACAGUUUUCUGCUCACAUGAUCGAACGGGAUUCUCUUUGGGAAUUGGUCGAUAAGACAACAUGUGAGCUGAACAAUGAUUUUGAAAAGAUGCGCACCCGAGUAAGUGUCUGGUUCAAGGGCAGAUCGGAUCCAAUCACUGCGGAUAGGCAGCUUGCUAAGAGCGUCAUGCCGAUGCUGAGCAAUGACGAGAUACUUGAAAAGUGGAGGAGUAUCACUGCUAAUGUAAUUGAUGACGAGCGAAGGCAGAAGAUUGAGGAAGUCGUUCUACAUCUUGAAGAUUGUAACGAUCUUGGUGUAUUGAGUCAGUUGCUGCUGCCCAUGACGGCGAAUCCAAUUGGAUGA